AUGCAGAAGGGCUGGAAGAAGUACUUCGGGCAGAAGUCCCUCAGCGAGGUGACCAUGGACGAGUACCUGGGCAGCCUGGGGCUCUACCGCAAGCUCACGGCCAAGGACGCCUCGUGCCUCUUCCGCGCCGUUUCCGAGCAGGUAUAUGCUUGCCAGAUUCAUCAUAUGGCAGUCAGGCAAGCUUGUGUUUCAUUCCUGAGAAAAAACCAAUCUAACUUUGAAUCUUUUGUGGAAGGGUCAUUUGAAAAAUACCUGGAACGGCUUGGAGACCCCAAGGAAAGUGCUGGACACCUAGAAAUCAGAGCCUUCUCACUGAUUUAUAAUCGAGACUUCAUUCUCUAUCGACACCCUGGAAAGCCACCUUCUUAUGCAACUGACAAUGGCUUUGAAGAUAAGAUUCUCCUGUGUUGUUCCAGUAAUGGCCAUUAUGACUCAGUGUACACCAAACAAUUUCAGGCAAAUGCUGCCAUUUGCCAGGCUGUGUUGUAUGAGAUCCUGUACAAAAAUGUGUUCUAUGUGCCCGAAGAGGAAUUGAGGACCGCAGUUGAGAUGUUUCGAAGUGGAGCCAAGAAAAACCGAAAUAGUGCAUCUGUUGGAAGUGAAGAUGCCAAUUUUGACUGCCCUGUUGACAGAUCAAACAAAAAUUUUUCAGAAAAGAGGGUGGAAGAUUGGGAAAGCUAUGAAUCGGCUAUUCUGCCAGCAGAAAAAUGCAAGCAAGGCACUGAGGAAGCAAAGCCUUCUGAAAAUCCCAAGAUGCCCUUUCCCUACAAGGUGUUGAAAGCACUGGACCCUGAGAUCUAUCGGAACAUAGAAUUUGAUGUGUGGUUGGACAGCAGGAAAGAACUGCAAAAAACUGAUUAUUUGGUGUUUGCUGGAAGACAGUAUUACUUAGGUGACAAGUGUCAGGUACGCCUAGAGACUGGGGGGAAAUAUUACAAUGCGCACAUACAAGAUGUUGGGCAGGAUACUAUGGUAACGGUCUUCAUCGAAGAGCUGGCAGAGAAGCAUGUUGUUCCUUUGGUAAAUUUGAAACCUGUGACACAGGUGACACCAGUACCUGCGUGGAAUGUGGUCCCCAGUCGCAAAGGAGGAAACUAUCAGAAAAUAUCAGAUAUGGAUAUAAAAUCACGGAAGAAACUGUUUAAAAAAGUCCGUGGAAAGGAAAGUGGAGGGCAUAUAGCGCCUUAUGAACAUUACCAUUCUCAGAAUUCCCAGAGGUCUGGCAGGGGGUAUGGAAUGCCCAGAUGGGGAACUGACCGAUUUAUAAAUAGAAACAACAUGGUCGGGCCAGAAAUGGCAUAUCCCAGUCCAGGCAAGAGAUACUAUCACAGCUAUGAUAAUUUCUCCUAUAGAUCUAGGUCAUACAGCCGCAGUCGCAGGCAGAUGCAGUGUGUAAACAAAGAAUGCCAGUAUGGAUUUGCAGCGGAGACUGGUGAGGAACCUCAAGGCUUGGAAGAAACCAUCACCUUCUAUGAAAUUGAAGAAGGGGACGACACAACUUUUCCAGCUCCCCCUAAUCAGGGUAACCCACCUCCAAUAGUUCCUGAUCCUGCUGGAUUUUGGGUAGCCAGAAGGGGCCCAGCUCCAAUCCCAUCUAACAAGCAGGCUCUAAAUUCCUCGGAGGAAGAAGUGGAUGAUCCCAGUGAUAGUGGAGAAUAUCAUGAGGAUUACCUGUAUACCCCUCCAGAUCCAGGCUGUGAAACUCCAACCGUAUUUACUACAGCUGAAGCUGCAACAAACUUGGUCAUGCUGAAUUCGGCUGUCGUCUCAAACUCUUCUUGCAACAACACUACUCCAAGUACUGCCUUUUCUUCCAGCUUGGCAGCUACUUCUCAAGUCAGUGGCACCGUCUCUGCUCCCCAGAAUGGGGUUCAGCCCAUGUUGGAGUUCGGGGCAAUCCUGGAGAGGAGGAUGGAUUACAGGAACCAGCCAGCAACCACCCUGAGGGAAUGGGCGCUCCAGAUGUCGACCUGCCAGCAGACUCGGGAAGAGUUCCUGGAAGAACUGGAGGAAUGCCUUAGAGGGAAUGCGGCUGGAAAUAAAGGGACCCUAGCUGACCUCAUGGGACCUCGAGAGCAGAUUGGUGUGGAGGAGGCUCAGGAAACCUGGAAGGAGGAGAUUGGGCAUCGACUUUGCUCUGCCAGUCUCGGAAUGUUGGAUACCUACUACCGAGCGAUGAGGGGUGAACCGGGAGGAAUUGUGAUUCCUUCAGUGCAGUAUCAGUAUCAGCCGGCUCCUCUUCCUCCUGGCAGCGAUGUUGGGGACAACGGAGGUGUUACUCCUCCUUACUCCUGUGAUCCUAGUGGCAGCGACCUUCCUAGAGAUCCAAAGAUUGUGCAGUAUUAUUUUAAUUUGGGUUUGCAGUAUUAUCACCAGACCUGUUGGAAUCCUAUGAUGUAUGUACAGCCAGUACCACCAUCCCCACACAUGGAAACUUAUCAGACAUACACAGAGCCUCUCCCUGUAGUAGAUCAGUCGAUGGCACCAGCAUACCCUGAAGCUGGGAGGAGUGAUGUGCACCCAGUUCCUGCAGACUCCUCCCCAAAUGGUACUUUAUCCAUUGGAGACCAGCCUCCUCCCCCUGGAACAGUUUAUUAUCCAGUGGCGACAGAUCCCUACAGCCAACCGCCUCCACCUGGUUUUGACGCUUGUGUCCCCUUAGCUCCAGCCUACCACUAUGUUAGCCCCUGGUACCCAGUGAAUGUAUCCUACGGGAAUUCUUCGCGAAUCCACAGUGCUGUGAAUCCGGGCCACUUUCAUCAAGUUGGCUAUGUGACCUCAUCAAAUCCUGCACCACACUUUGUAGCUCAAAGUAUGUAG